GGAGGAAAGUAUCAGUCGUGUAAAAGGGCACGUCAUGAUUUUCACCACAGGAAUGGGCAGACGUACAUUUUCACGAUGUGGGACGUUAAGAUAAGUCAUUCCUUCGUACUGAUAAUUUUCUGAACUUUGUACAGUUGUGUUUUGGUGUUUAUCGGGUGUACAUCAUUAAAGUUAAUUAGUCGUGAAGUUCCAGGCAACGCCUUCACCGCAUGCAGUGAAAUUUGUUAUAGGAGACAAAAUGGUAGGAGGUGGAGUGUUGAGCAUUCGAGAGGUAAAUGCACUUGAGAUUGAGCAAUUCGAGUGGUUAUUCGGUAAUAUUAUCGAACAUUGUCCGGAAGCUGCACGCGCAGCUGCUCUUCAGAGACCUUUUCGCAGAGUUGUAGACCUUAAGAUCGCAUUUUGUCAUUUUUUGGAUGGACUUGAUACGCGUGGGAAAGAAUCCGUGUUAUUCAAUCAUCCAGAUUUGGCUAGUAAACAUUCUGAUGGAAAGAAAUUGACACAAGAAUCUGAAACAGAGCAAAACACUGCAGGGAUUGACGCAAUGACGAGGGAGGAGAGACUGACACUGAAUAAUCUCAAUCAAAUGUAUAAGGACACUUUUUCAUUUCCCUUUGUCAUUUGCGCAAGGGAAAAUCGAGUGCAGACUAUUCUGACCGCGAUCGAAGAACGACUGAAAAAUUCCAGGGAAGUGGAAUUGAAGACUGGAAUUGAUGAAGUGAAGAAAAUUUCUAGUUUAAGAAUCAACGACCUGGUGUGGCCUGACGCAUGACCGCAUACAUAGAAUUAUGUUUUUUUAUAAAUUUUGGAAAUAAAUUUUUAUUCAGCUGCAUAAA